AUGAGCAAUACCGGCGCUGCCAGCAGUACCACUACAUCCACGGAAUCGGCAUCCACAUGGGCCGAGCCUGUGCGGAAUCUGCUGCGCGGCUUGACUGGCAAUGCCAGCAGCACCACUACAUCCACGGAAUCGGAAUCCACAUGGGUCCAGCCUGUGCGGAAUCUGCUUCAUCGCAGCUUGUUGGGCAGCUUGAACGGACGCGAUCCGCAGCCGACAGCCGAGCCGGCAGAUGCCCACCGGUUUCCAGGUGAGGGUCGUGUCCUAGGGCCUGUGCCAAAAGCCCAGCCUAGCAGCGCUGCAAGAAAUCGCAACGCUGCAAGAAGUCAGCAGCAAACAGCCGCAGACAGCAUUGGCCAAAAUGCAGAAAGGGCCAUACAGGCCAUGCAGCUAGCGCAGCGAGGCUUUGCCAUGUUUCAGCAAGCCAUGGAAAUUGGACAGCUGGAGCAUGAGAUCAACCACCACGUUGAUCCUAAUCAGGACCUUUGCGAUCGUGCAACCCAGCGCCGGGCUUCACUGGACCAGGCAGUCGCACAGAGCCUGGCGAACCGGCCUCUCGAUGCAGGAAGUCUCUUUGCACCUUUACAUCGGCUUCAAAGCAGCCGUAACCGGCCUGCGGUGCUCCAGUCUCACAACACACAGAUUUCUAGCACCGACGUGGCUGACGUUUUAGAAACAGGAGGCCAGCUGGCUGGUCCACCGCAGCCACCACUUACUGCCCUGGACCUGGCCGACACUUUGGAGACAGGACUGCCGCAGCCGCUGCCGCACCACAAUUUCGAGGUUGGGCCGUGGUACGAAACCACAGUCGAUGGCGUUCAGUUUCAUGCACCUGUCGAGCCCACGAACUUCUACAUGGUCCGGCAAUAUAUCCGAGAGCUACGCGCACGGCAUCCUCAAGCCCGAAUUGCAAUCCUGUCCGGGACCCAUGGCUCGGAGAACGGGAUCACAGUGGUGGAAGAUCCGUACAUGGGGGAAGCUGACUUUUUUUUUCAAGACUUAGGGCAUGGCCCCGUGCCGUUCUCCAACGUGUUUCAUCUGCAGCACGGACAAGAUCCAGGUGCGUUGGCUCAGGCACUUCACGAUGGACGCUACAGCCACGUGAUUCUGGCGACUUGCCAUGGCGCUGAAGUAAUUGGGCCUGAACCGUCACCAUGGAUGCUGGAGGUGUGGAAUGCUAUAUCCUCGAUGCAGAUCCAGCAUGCAGCCAUCGAUGAGAGCCCUGCAGACCAGCCCUGGUGGACUUGGUGGACAGACUCCUGCUCACUGCAAUGA